AUGACGUUGCAGAUAGGCGAAGCACAUCCAAUUCGGCAAAUGGCGCCAUAUAUGGUAUCUUUAUUGGGAGAUACAGUCGUUGAAACUCCACAACAGAACGGAAAUUACAUGCAUGCUUUCGGAUUGCUUAUAAACUUUAUCCUCGCACUCACUCUGUCGGUUAAAGCAGAUGUAAUAGCCCCUCGGUUUGGAUCAAAAUGCGCCUAUACAUUUAGUAAAAUCUACUGCUAUGGUGGAAAACUGGAAAAUAAACAGUACAGUAAUGAUCUGUAUAGUUUAAAUAUAAACAGUUUAUCAUCUGGACCUGUAAGUGAUAUGAUAAGCAAAUGGGAAUUGGUCACUGCAAAUAAAAGCCUAGAUAUUCCUCCAAACGAAUACAGAUAUAAGAGCCAGUUUGUUCUAUUACCUGAUGGUUCAAUGUUUUUUGGCGGUGGUUAUAAUGAGGAUAAUCCUCUUGUAGCUCAAAAUGUUACAUACAAUCCUCAAAAAAAUGCCUGGACUGUAAUGCCCGGUCCUAGUUACAACGAUGUCGAAAAUGGAGGCUAUAGACAAAUUUAUUCUGGUACUGCAGUAUAUCUGCCUUCAGUCAAUAGAGUUGCAUUUUUUGGAGGAAGACAAUUAAAUGCUGCUCUCAACUCUAACUAUACAUUUGGUCAGUUCCAAAUUCCUAAUAUAUCUUACGAAACUAUCUCAGAGCAAAACCCCACAAAAAAACUCGUUGAAAGUAUUUAUGGAUAUGGAUUUUACACCGAACUGAACCUUGAUACAAGAGAAUGGACUACUCCAGAUGCAAAUGAUUUCUUGGUGAACAACAUUCCGCUUUUAAUUAGUGACCAAACGGUUACAUAUCAUCCCACCACAAGAAAAGUUGUUUACGUGGGAGGGGUCAGAAGAGGAUCUGUGGAAACGGGUUACACGGAAAAUCCUGGUAAUGUCUUAACUUUUGAUACUAUAAAUUCAAAUUGGAAAAUACAAGAAACUACUGGAAUAAGCAGACCAACUGCUAGGCUUGGUCAUACUACAACAAUGUUAAAUACAGGAGAUGAUAUUCUCGUUUAUGGGGGUAUGGACAAGCCUGGAAGUGAAGUAGACGUAGAAGGAAUUCUUUCUGCUGAUUAUUUGUAUACUCUGAAUUUGAUAGCCUUUAGAUGGACAGCUUAUGAUAGACCCUCUAACUCAAUAGGCCCUAGAGUCUAUCAUUCAGCUGUUCUUGUUAAUGACACAACUUUGUUCAUAAUGUUUGGCAGGAAAAAAUCAGAGACUGCUGACGCACUUGUUGCUGCUAAUGACAUUAUGCUACUUAACGUAACAAAUAUGUCAUUUUUUUCGUCUUUGGACACCUAUCCCGCUCCCACGAUUGUUGAUCCUGCGACAAAUCAAACGAGUACAAAGGGCCAAGCUGAUGGUCAAUCUGAUAGCCAAUCUGAUAACCAAUCUAAUAGCCAGUCUAAUAACCAAUCGGAUGCUCAUGAAUCCAAAGGUCUUUCCACUGGUGCUAUUGUCGGGAUAGUGGUUGGCAGUGUGGCAGUGAUUGCUAUUAUAGCCUUAGCUGCAAUCUACCGUAAAAAAACUAGGGCUAAAGAAGAGAAAAUAAAGGAGAUUCAGGUUGAUUGGGAUGUCAUAGAUGGUGAAUAUAGGGAGGACCCACCAUACGGAGGUAGAUUUUCCGCUGGCUCUGCAAACAUGUCCAGCACAGUUGUAACACCUAACGUAUACGAAAAACCAGGCCAACCUUACAAUACCUACUCACUAGCUUUGGCAGAUUCGAACUUGAUAAGACCUGAUCAUAAGGAUGUAUAA